GGGAAAUGUUGUGCACGGGCCGGAUAAUCUUCUGACCAAGCGAGUCCAGCAAAACACCAAUCGAAAUCGACCAUAAGUUCAUUUAUCAUUCAUUAACCGGUGGCUCUUUCGCCGCUUCGUUCGCAGGGUCCCAUCUCCAGCGGCAGCCCCGCCACCGCCUCGCUCCUCCUCGUCCCCUCCCGAACCCGUAAUAGGCCGGCGCCACUGGGCCGACGGCAUCCGCCGGGCGCUGGGUAGGAUGGCGCGCGCCGCUACCCUGCGGAACCUGGUCGGCAUUGCGGCGGCGGGCGGGCGCCGCGUGCGCGCCUGCGGCCAGCGGUGGGAUGCCGGCUGGCGCGGCUUCCGCGCGGGGGUCUUCAGGGGCGGGGGCAGGGCGGCGCCUCGCGGCUCGUCGGCGUCGACGCCGCGGCAGUCGGGGCCGCUGCGCGGCGCCGCGACCAUGGCGGGGAGCAAGGGCUGGGUCACCGGCGGAUUCCAGAGCGAGGAUGGAAAGCUAACCUGUGGAUAUUCAAGUUAUAUAGGGCGGAGGUCUACUAUGGAGGACUGUUAUGACAUUAAGUUAACCACAAUUGAUGGACAACCAGUUAACCUGUUUGGAGUAUUUGAUGGUCAUGGAGGAAACCUUGCUGCUGAAUAUCUGAAGGAGAAUCUGUUAAAAAACCUUAUGAAGCAUCCUGAGUUCCUGAAAGACACAAAGCUUGCAAUAAGCAGAGCAUUUCUUGAAACUGAUAUAGAUAUCAUAGAAACUAUAUCCAGUUCGUUUAGAGAUGAUGGGUCAACAGCUUUGGCUGCUGUUCUGAUUGGCAAUCAUCUGUAUGUAGCAAACGUUGGUGAUUCACGUGCUGUUGCUUCAAAAGGCGGCAAAGCUGUCCCAUUGUCAGAAGAUCACAAACCAAACAGGACAGAUGAACGGAAGCGAAUUCAGGAUGCUGGAGGUGUUGUUAAAUGGGAUGAUACAUGGAGGGUUGGUGGAAUUCUAGCAAUGUCCCGUGCAUUCGGCAAUCGUCUACUGAAGCAGUAUGUGACAGCAGAACCUGACAUUCAGGAAGAAGAGGUCAGCAGUGACUUGGAAUAUCUGAUUCUUGCUACCGAUGGGCUUUGGGAUGUUGUGAGAAAUGAGGAUGCCAUUGCCAUUCUGAAAGCGGAAGAUGGACCUCAGGCUGGAGCCGUGAAGUUGACUGAAAUUGCCUACUCCAGGCGCAGCGCAGACAACAUCACAUGCAUCGUUGCACAAUUUCACCAUGACAAGUAGGAGUCCUAUAGGACUCGGACAUUAUGCCUGGUGGUGGCAAACUUUUGUUUAUUAGAACAUUAUUAGUUGGUUUUACCUGAUCUGCCGGUGCUAUACUGCUAUUAAGGCAUGAACCUGAAAGAGAUUCGUGCAUUCUUUUUUUUUGGCGAGGAAAAGAGGGGCUUUAUUUAACUAGGCUGAAAGUUACAAUCAAUGUUCAAGAGGUCAAUGAUGCAUGCAGACGCUUGCCUCAGCUAUGUUGCACAAUGAAUGUUACGCCUAGCUAAAUGAACAAAUUCAUGGGCAACUUUUGAUCUGUAGGAAAAUACAUUUUAAUGAUGAGUAUAUAAAUGAAAUUUCUUUAGUUC